AUGACUGCAAAUGUUAACAAAAAGAAAUAUUCCAGUGUGUUUGUUGAAGGUAAUAUUCGUAGGAAGAGUCACAAAUGCCCUUACUGCAAAUAUUGCACAUUUCAUGGUGGUCACAUGACGUAUCACAUUAGAACUCACACUGGAGAAAAACCAUUUGCUUUGUUUGCUUUGGACAGUGUUGAAGAAUCGACUCUUAGAACUAGAGUUCGCAGAGGAAAGAGAAAGACGCAUGGUUGUCCCUACUGUAAUUAUUGCACAUUUCAUACCGGCCACUUAAAGAGCCACGUCAGAACUCACACUGGAGAAAAACCUUUUGUUUGCAGGAAAUGUGGCAAAUGCUUUGCACAAAAAACUGAAAUGCUCUAUGUCAUUAGUGGAGGAAAAGCACAUAAGAUACACCAGUGCUCUUUCUGCAGUUAUGCUACAACUAAUAGUACUCAUAUAAAGGACCAUUGUAGAACUCAUACUGGUGAAAAACCAUAUGUUUGCAAAGAAUGUGGCAGCUGCUUUGCUCAAAGCUCCACUUUGAAGAGACACCAGAUGACUCAUAUCAAGAAGUAA